ACAAAUUGCGCAGCAACAUAUUGUUCUGAAGUGAGUUUCAACUAGUAACUUAUCGCUUACAAAAUGAAACCGGUAAUUUUCACAGUUUUGUUGGUGCUCUGUUUCCAACUUUGUAGAGCCAACUCUUGUUAUAACUGCGAAGAUGAACUUGCCAAGUUAACUGCGAAUACCGAAACAUUAGUCGCCAAAUAUAAGGCAGCAUCACAAGAUGCCCAGACGAUCGCACAAGGAACUGUGCACAAACAAUGUCCAUUGUUAUUUGCUGCGGAAAUGAACUUGAUGAAAGGAGAGUUUGCCAAUAAAGAAGAUGCUCUCUGUAAAGCGAGGACCUUCGUCGAAGAAAACAACGCUUUUACCAAAGUGUUUACUGAUGAAUUCAGUAAGAGUGAAUGCGGCUGGAAUACGUUACAAAAUUUACUCAAGGAUUUUUCGAAGAAUAAUAAUUUAGUAUGUCGCCGUUUCGUAUUCGGAAAGGGAUGUGAAGCUGCAUUAAACUCACUCCGUUGUGCAUUAUCGACAUUUAUAACUCAAGCUCAAUCUGCUGCCAAAAAAGCUCAGAGCAAUAUAAAGAAGUUGAAUUGUGUCAUUACAGAUUUGAACAAGAUAACGGAAAAGUUUACAAAAACAACUGAUUUAACUGGCGGUAGUGGAUGUGGUUGUAAUGAAAAUCCAACGGCGAAAAUCGUCGCAUUCGCAAGUGAUUAUAACGAAGCACAUUGGGAUGGUCAUUACGUAAUGAUCGAACUUCAACGGGCUUGUGACACAGCGCUUAAAUUAGGAAGUCUACUUUCCUCAAACUAUUGUAAUGUGUAAUUUUUUUUAGCUGAAACUGUACAUGAUUCUGAGAAGAAUAAAGAAUGUUUUUGAUUCACUGAUGA